AGAGUGAUACUCCAAAAUGGAAUAAUCUUAAAGUAUUUCUCCAAGGUUAAAUCUUAACUGUCAAAAUGUGUGUGUCUGUGAUUUCGUUCAGAGACAUCCUGGCACCCAGUAUGUUAAUUCAGCAAGAGGUCUGUGACUAUUUCUUAAUCUAAUGAAUAAUUGAUUUGUUUAAUCUAAUGAAAAAUGGUGUGUCUCUUUAUUCCAAAUGCCAGUCAUUGUUCUAAUACUUCUAUUGGUAAAGAUUUUUCGGUAACACUUUAGUAUAGGGUCCAAUUCACACUAAUAACUACUUUCUUAUUAGCAUGUCUAUUAUUAACAUAUUGACUGUUUAUAAAUGCUAAUAAAGUACUUAUAAUGCAUGACAUCCAUAAUCCUACCCAAUACCCUAAACUUAACAACUACCUUAUAAACUAUUAAUAAGCAGCAAAUAAGGGGUUAAUUGAGGCAAAAGUCAUAGUUAAUGGUUAGUUAAUAGUGAGAAUUGGACCCUAAAAUAAAGUGUGACCGAUUUUUCAUUGUCUGCAGAUUUAUGAUGUGCAGAUUUUUUUCUUGCCCCUGACUCAAAAAUUAAAUGUCUCCCAUGAAAAUGGGGGUUCCAAUUAUGCAUAAAUCUAUAGGGCUCUGUGUGGAUCUGAUUCCGUGUGGGUCUGAAUUAGUUGCCUUUGCAGAUAAUGCAGCCAUAACUGAACUAUGCACAAAUGUAAUUCUGUGUUUAACAUCAUAUGUUAAUAUGUAUCUUUAUAGGUGAGUACCCACCAGAGGUUUUGUAUCACUGGCAGAAGAAGCCUGCAAAUUAUCCACAGCCCAACUAUCCACUUUAUCACCCCCUACCAGAUGCAAGGUCCAUCUCUAGACAAGUGGCAGUUGUGAGGCCCCCUCAAGUCACAUCCCGUCAGAGUACAGCCCCUGUGAGAGAGCUCAUAUCAGAAGUGUGUGUCCAGCCUUCCCAACCAGCUUCUGUCGGCCACCCUCAAACAUUGAGGCGCAACAUCAGUCUUCCUGAUGACUGCAGAGACAUUUUCAUAACAUAUUCUGUGGACACUGCAGCGGAGUUGAUGCCCUUUGUGAAUUUUUUAAUUAAUCAGGGAUUCAGACCGGCUAUUGAUAUAUUUGAAGACAGAGUUAGACAAAUGGAUGUCAACAAAUGGAUGGACAGUUUUUUAAAAAAUAAGUCAGUGUUAAUAAUUGUAGUGAUCAGUCCAAAGUAUAAGACAGAUGUUGAGGGAGAUGGAUCUGAUCAACAUGGACUACACACCAAGUACAUCCACACUCAGAUCCAAAAUGAAUUCAUUCUUCAAAGAUGUCUAAACUUCAGAUUGGUACCAGUGCUGUUUCCCAGUGCUAACCAAAGUCAUGUUCCACUGUGGCUACAGAGCACUCGUCUGUACCGGUGGCCUGAGGAUGCUAAGGACAUGUUACUGCGUUUACUCAGAGAGGAAAAAUACAUUGUCCCUCCUCUUGGCAAAGACCUGAUGAUCACUAUCAAACCCCUGUAAAAGUGAAUCUCGAGACAUCAUGUCUAGUACACAUUUCACCUCAAAAUCAAAAGAAAUGAUAAGAACAUGAUAAUUUGUUUAAGGAUAUAUUUAGUUUUCUUUUAGGACCAUAAUUUCUUGAUUUUAUUCUUAUUUUUUUAAAUGAGAAGUAUGAACACUGUCCAAAAAAGAGAAAAGAAAAUCUAAAAUUUAACUAUCUUAUCUUUUUGUUUUCUAUUUUCUUUCCAUUUAUUAUACAGUUAUUAAAAAAGACCUAUAACACUAGCUUGCUCUAUUCUUUUACUAUUCUAUCUGUUUUCUUUUUAUUUAUUGUAUUAUUUAAAAGCCCUUGCUAUGUGUACUGCGUUUAAGCAAACUGAGACUUUUUGAUUGCUUUAAAUGUCCUAAGUUGUAAGUCGCUUUGGAUAAAAGCAUCUGCUAAAUGUAAAUGUUAUAUAUAUAUAUAUAUAUAUAUAUAUAUAUAUAUAUAUAUAUAUAUAUAUAUAUAUAUAUCAGUGAUGUGCAGGUCAAUGCAUAAACAACCAGCACCCGGCCGACGUUUUCAACUAACCCGCCCGCAACUUGGACCGCAAAAAAUGAAAAAGAAAAUAUUGUACCUUGCACGCUUCCUGACCGCAUUUUUUACAAGUAGUAAAUGCUCAUUGUAGUGUCAUUGGGGCAUAGACGUACAGUAGGAACUAGGCAAAAAAAAAAAAAAAAAACUUUCUACAAAAGAUUCUAAUUUUGUCAAGAAUUAUCAAAACUUGUCAGUGAGCCCAUAAUUUGUACUUAAAUAGUCUAGUCUGGCUAUGUCUAUUUUGAUGUUUCUGCAAGUUCAGCAGACAGUGUGGUUCGGGUUUGUUCCGAUCAGAGCUCGUGAGCGGAGAGUGCAUUUCUGAAUAUUCCGCUCUGCUCACUCAUUACGUGUGGUUGCUCGCUAAACCCAUAAUGGUCUGGUGAUUUCUUGUAACUGAUUAUUUUAUUUUAUUUCUAUUUCUUUCAUUUGAUUUUGGGAUAAAAUGUAAUUGCUUGUAAGAUUUACCUAUUAUCCCACUGCAUAAAUACUCUAGAAACACUUCUCAAAAACUACAAGUAAUCGUUGUAAACUCUUUUGAAACUGCAACAAAUUAUCUGUAAAUUAAUCUCAAUACCAACUCAUAUGCAGCUUCUGAAAAAAAGCAUUUUUUUUUGUAAUGUCUAUUUGAUAUGCUUUUCUCAUUUAACACAAUAAUGAAAUUAAAAUUUAUUUUGCGAGUCA